GGAAACUCGAGAGUCACCCCAAGGUUCUGUUUGUCUUUUCUUUUUUUUCUGCAUUUUUGUUUCCUUUGGAAGAAUGUGUUAUUUUUCCAGCAACCAAGGACAAAUAUCCAUUCUCUGUUAUCAAGUGCAUUUGAGAUUAGCCUGUUGUUUAAAAGUAUGCAUUUUGUAUGCAAGCAGUAUUAGUGGGUUCUUGUUUUGGAUCCAUGAUCAAGGUUUGGGGCGUACAUUAGCAUAAAAGAAUGCAUUAGUGCUUAUAUGUAGUCAUGUGUAGAGUGAAUGAGUGAGUGAAGAGAGAGUGAGUGAGUGAGUGAGUAACUGCCUCUGUGCAUGUGUUUGUAUGGGUUUCAGUACUUGUUAGAAAUAUUGUCAUUGUUAGCUGAUAAGCUGAGAACCUGUUUUUUAGAUUGUAUCUUCCUGACAGUCCUUUAGAUAGCUAAAAAGUCAUUUAAACUAAUUUAGUUACCCAUAGAUAUUGUCUUUUCAGGUUUGUGUGUGUAUGUGUGCGUGUGUAUGUGCGCGUGCUUGUGCUUUUGCCUGUGUUUUUAGAGAUAGACUAAUUCAUAGGAGAAAAAGGUAGUAUGUUUGUAUGUAGAAGUGAUUGAUUUAUAGGGUUGACAAAGUUGCAAAUGCUUUGGCCUGUAAUGAAUUGAGUUUCCUUUCAUGGAAAGUUACCAGUGAGAAAGUGUGACUGCUUCCCUCACCAACGUCUUUAUUUAAGCCAGAAUCCUGUUGUCUUAAACUUCCCACCAGAAGAUUUAUUUUUCUUUACACUUCUUUUUUGGCAGAGUAAGAAAGAAGCCUCUUAUUAUUUGCUUCUUUUAUCAUUAUAUCAUAGUGAUAGAUACAAAUGACAAAAGUAGAUGAAGAGAAAGCUAAAUUUGUGUCUUUUUUUUCUGCUGUGGAUUUUUAAAAAAUUAUGUGUACGAUUUUUGUAGCUGUUGAUUUUUAAAAAAAAAUUCAUGAAAUAUUGCAUAUUGAAAAAUAUAUUGAUAUUCUAAAUUCACUUCCUUGAUGAAAAUAAAAUUUUGGUAUUAGUUCUGGGAUAUAUCACUAAUGAUAGAGUUCCAAAAUUAUUUCAAUUGACUGUGUAAACCAUGUGUGUUUCAUUAAUAUCUAUUGGUUGUUUUUUCCACUUUUAGUUCUGGCCAAGUCCCGAAGAGAACCAGGCAAAACAAACAGAAGGAAGAAGCAUCAGCCAUGAAUGACCUUCUAGAUAUUAACUUCAACCCUCACAGUGGUGGUAAUGCUGGCAUGGCGCGCUCGACAGCCACUCCCCCAGUACCUUCGUCCCUGGAUCCCUGGGGAAUGCCUACCUCAGGAGCUUCUAUAUCUCCACAACAUACAUCCCAGCCGAAGAGUUCCCCCGCUGCAGGCACCAGCCCUUCCCCCCCACCAGUCCCUCCAUUCCCUUCCACUAGCUCCUCAUUUUUUGCUUCUAGUUCCUCCUCAUCCAAGGUCACUUUUCGGCAUUCGAACCCGCCCCUGAUCACGUCAUCCAGCUUCUUGUCUAAAGAACUCUCACCGAGAUCACUUACACCGAAUCCCUUUCUAGAGGACCAGGUUUCAGCAGCACCCUUUAGUUCACCCAUCCCCGAUAGUAGCUUCAAUGUGCAGUCCUCCUCGGCCCUCUCUCGGCCGGUCUCACUCUUCCUCACACCCCCGCCACAACAACACACGUCGUCCUCCUUGCCCUCGAGCUAUUCUCUCUUCCCUCCCUCGUCAACUGCUCUCCUGCGUCCAGCCACUUCUCUGUCUCACGUUUCCUCGGUUACCCCCGACUCAUGCCCUCUCCCUCCUGCCUCUUACAACCCAUGGGGUGCUGUCCAAGUCAACAUUACAACUGCCCCCUUGCCCCCUUCGAAACAGGUACCAUAUAGAAUGCGGAGUCAGGACUUCUGGUUUUCUGGCAUACUUCUAAAACGGAUGUGACAGUAACUCUUGAUA